UGUAAAAUGAGUUGAUGCAAACUAACGCAUGGCUUUUUAAUGCUAGCUAACAGUUGACCUCUAUGGUGGCUGCAAGCUAGCUAGCUAUCUUACUUGCUAUAUACAGCUAGACAGUGGCUUGCUCUCUUGAUUCAUUGAUUUUGGGUGGCAGGUAGGCUAGUGCGUUGGACUAGUAACUGAAAGGUUGCUGGGUCGAAUCCCCGAGCUGACAAUGUAAAAAUCUGUCGUUCUGCCCCUGAACAAGGCAGUUAACCCACUGCUCCCCGCUGAACUUAUCAACAACAUGGACAAGAAAGCAACAUGGGACCGGUUCUACACAGAAAACAGCAAGGCAACCAACUUCAAGAAUUUUGAGUGGUUCUUUGGUUUCGACGCAAUCCGGGAAUUCAUCUUGCCUAUGCUGCAUUCACAGCACAACUCUGAUGCCCUACAUGUUCUGGACAUGGGUUGUGGUACCUCUGCCCUGGGACCCUGCAUAUACAGAUACUCUCCCUGGCCAGUGCAGGUGACCUGCGCUGACAUCUCCGCUAUUGCUGUGCGCCUUAUGCAGGAACACACAGAAACCAAAGCCCUGCAACCUCAGAACACUUCCUCUAAGCUGGACUUCUUAGAACUGGACUGCACUCAUCUCCACAAACACUUUGGUUCUGAGAGCCUAGACCUUAUUCUAGACAAGGGCACCAUAGAUGCCUUGCUAAGGUCGAGGGAAGGUGGAGCCAAGGCCAGUCAAGUGCUUAAGCAGUGCCUAAAGGUGUUGAGGGACUCUGGGUCUCUCCUUCAGUUCUCAGAUGAGGACCCUGAUGCCAGAAUGUUGUGGCUGGAGAAAGAGGGCCAGGAGCUGGGGAGGAUGGUUGCCAAUGUGGGGGUGCAGGAGGUGGGAGAGUUAAGGGGAGUAACUUAUUACUGCUACCAAGUUACAGCUCAUCCUGUAGCACAGUAGAUAGUUGUUUGUGUAUGUCUGCAUAGUCAGGGAGUGAACAUCUUUGAUGUGACUGUAAUAAAUAAUUCAUUUCUUGAUA